AUGGACCGCCACCACCGCACUCGAGAACUGAACGUCGUCUUCGCCUCGACGGGCUGUGCUGACGCCAAAAUCGUCGAGACGCUACUCCCCCAAAUCGCCGCCCUCCCAGACGUUUCGCUGCGAGCAGUUUUGGAUACGGGCUUCCGUGGGCAGGACUUCAUCACUGCGUCGACAGAAUGUCUGACCAUACCGAAUACCGCCCGGCACUCGCCCACGCGCGAUGUCGCCGAGAUCGAGCAAGAGGCCGCUGAGUUGUGUGAGUGGGCGAACCUGCUGGUACUGGCGCCCAUAGACGCAAAUAACCUGGCCAAGAUGCUGCAUGGACACACCGAUAAUCUUUUGUUGGAGAUCUUGCGAAGCUGGAAUGUGUCGAAAAAGAUACUACUACUGCCGGGCAUGUCGAACCUCAUGUGGGAGAACCCCAUGACCAAGAAGCAGCUUACCAAGAUUCGUAGGAAGUGGAAUUGGGUGCAGCUGCUACAGCCAAUAUUGUGGAGUUUCGAGAACGAUGAGAAGAGAGUUACUUCGUGGGAGGCGGCAGAUGAGCUGGUCGAUGCGAUUCGAAACCAGGUCGACUUGCUGAACAUUGGACACGGCAUGGACGUCUCCCCGAGCCUAAAGACUGCCUUUCCCAAAGUCUCCAAAAAGCCGGACAGUCUACUUCCACCUGAACUGUGGAGCAUGAUCAUCGAUUUCACGGGCGACUGGGAACUUGCGCAAACGCUUCACAUCUACACUAACCUUUCCCCUCCCGCAGACUGGACUUCCCACACAAGCCCUCAGGGUCCACGCAACUACAUGGAGGCUCUCGAGCUCACGAUCCUGCGCGGCAAUCUGGCAGAUGUAAAACAUUUCAUCGCGACACAUAGUGUUCCCCGGUGGCUGUCCAAGCUCUGCGUUCGAUUGAUCAUGCGCUUUGCCAUGACUCCUCUAUUAGCGCAUCUCGAAGCCAACCACAAGGACCUUUUCUGGGCGACGUUUGGACACACUUUCCUCCCCGAUAAGGCAUCUUCUGUCUUUGGUCGGACCGAGAUUCUCGAAUUCUGGCGAACAUCCCCCUCUUUCCUUACCAAGGAGUACAACUCUGAAGCCCUCGACGGCGCCUCGCGCGCAGGUUUUGUCAACGUCCUGGAAUGGUGGCAACACUCUGGCCUUCCCCUCAAGUUCACCGAAGCCGCGCUCGAGCAGGCGAGCAGCCAAGGCCACACCCCGGUCCUCGAGUGGUGGAAAUCGCAGUCUACCACCGUCGACGACACCAACGCCAACGUCGAUUCUUCCAAAGUCCGUCUCAAACCGGGAAAGAGCAUCUGCUACGCCACCCAAAACGGCCACACCGAAGUCGUGCGCUGGUGGCUUCGAUCCGGUAUCGCCUUCCCGCACGAAGACACCGUCGCGAAACUCGCUUCCACCCACGGCCACGUCGACAUCCUCCAACUCUGGCACGACCUGAAAGGCUCCAAAAUGAUCUUCGACAACCAGGUCCUCGUCGGCGCCACGAAAAGCGGAAACGUCAAGGUCCUGGAAUGGUGGAAGAAGUCGGGCCUGAAGGUCGAAUACAAGACUUGCGACGUGGAGGAAGCGCUCGAAGAUGGGUAUGAGGGAGAGAGGGGCAUGGAAGUGAGGAGAUGGUGGGCGAGGAAUGGGUUGAAUCUGGGCGUGGGCACGAGUGAAUGGAUGAAGACGAAAGUCUUGAAUUCAUAG